GUGAGCUGUGUCGUGGGUUUGGAUCGAUGCUGCUGAGCCCGAGCUCCUCAUCACUAUCUCCAUCGCCGACGGCGGCGAGGACUAUAACGAUUAAAGAUGGCGACGCGCACACCCCGCCGAGUUCACCCAGUCGGAGCCGGGGCGAGAAGGAGAACGUGGCUGCGACGAUGCCAACCCCCAAGAGCGCGAAGCGUCCGCUGAGGGAGAUCGCGUGCGCAUUCUUCAAUGUGCGGCAGCCGCAGAGGAAGAAGAUGCGGCUGAUGUCUCGUGAUGAGGAGAAGACGGCCGAGGACGAGGAAAACAGCGACGCGGACUGGGAGACAGAUAGCGAUUUCGAAAUAUCUCGUUCUCCGCCGCGCGCGAGGACGCGAAAACGGACGGUGCAUAACGCACUAGACUCUCUCAGGGUCUCUCUCUCACAUACAAGCUCGCGGAAUUGCAUACCAUCCACCCGCCCGAUCCUCGCGUCAUUCGCUUCACAUCACACCUGCGAUGCCUUCUACUGCCGAUCCCUCUAUUCCGGCGACCUCAACCUCACUCCUCCGUACGUUUGCGCCUACACUCACGCCGCCAAGCGCGGCACAGGGCGGCCCCUCCUCGCCAUCGGCACCGAACAAGGCUCGCUGCACCUCGUCCGCACUCCCGCUCCCUCCGCCUCCUCAAACACGUCCUCAUCUCGUUGGAUGCACCUUUCGCCCCCGCUGACGCACAGCUGGCGCGCGCACAUGAACGGCCUCUUCGACGCAGCUUGGCGCCCAGACGAUGCGCGCCUCGCGACUGCGAGCGCGGACGCCUCCGUACGAAUCUGGGACCCGUCGCGCGUCACCGCCUCCCCCGUCGGUCAUCUCCCGCGCGUCCUCUCCGAAGACCGCGGCGCCGCGUUCGCGCUCCACAACCUCACGGGCCACGCCGGUACCGUCAAAUGCGUCGCAUGGAGCCCUGGGGACUCGGACGUGCUCGCGAGCGGCGGACGAGGCGGGGAGAUCUGCAUUUGGGACCUGCGUCUGGCGUCGGGAGGUGCGGGGAUCGUUGCUAAGAUCUGGGGCGCGGGCGGCGGGGAGGUGACUAGGGCCGGCCGGCCGAAACGGGGAGGCGGAAGUGUGACGGGUGUCGUUAUCUGGACGAGACGGCUGACAAUCGCCAUUAACAGCGUUCUGAGGAACUGGGACAUUCGCUACCACCGGCGGACAAGCACUAUGCGAGGGCCGCUGAACGAGCCCACGCGCCGCUCCGACACGGACCCGACGCUGCUCACCUCGCGCCGUCCACGCGCGCUCACGGCGCUCGCAUCCGGCUUUGGGCUCGCGGCGGACUUGCUCUUCGGCGUUGGCGCCGACUCGCGCGUGCAUGCAUACGACCGCGAAUCGCUCGCGCCGCUAUCUCACCUCGGCCUGCGCGACCCGCGGCUGAGGACGGGGAGCUUCUAUGUCCGCGCGGCCACGAGCCCAUGCGGGCGCUGGGUCGCGUGCGGGAGCGCCGGCGGCGGGUUCGUGUGGGACUUUGCCGCCGUGCGCAAGGGGAGGAAGGGCGAGGGCGAGAGAGCGGUGAGGGUGUGUGCGCAGGCGGGAGAGGUUGGAGCGAUGGAUUGGGCCGCGGAAGGAGGUGGGACUCUUGCUAUGGGUGCGGACGACGGGACGGUGAGGAUGUGGAGGCCCGAUUGGGAGCGACGGGCGGAGGAGCACGGGGCGGAGGAGUUCUGGGCAAGGGCGGAGGCUUGAAGUCAGGUUCUGUCCUGAGUCAGCGGCGACGGGACGGUCUGGUACAGUAAUGUUUCUCUAGCAAGCACUAUCAUCCUCAUCCCAUGCAAGACUAAACACAAGUGUAGCAUAGUAUAACUGCGACGAUCUAUACCACAUAGGAAUACGAAGGAUGUAGCAACGCGGAACUAUGAUACUUCGGUAAAAGGCAAUGUCCGCGUUCACGUGUAAACGUCCGACAAUGGUGUCCACUCCAACGGGGCUCUGCUGCUCCAUCUCGUGUGUGAAUGGACAUCUUACAUGACAAACCACAGCGCAACAGCUGCAACACCCGCCAACCACGUCUGGGGGCUGACUGUGAUAGCACCAGAGGUGCUGCUCGACGCCGGCGCGGACGUAGACGAAGUACCAGAGGAGAUCUGCGAGCCGGGGUCGCCGGUGUUCGUGAUGGGGGAGCUCGUCUCUGCAACCGAACCGCUUGUCGAGGUGACGGUGGUAACGGCCUCCGAGGUCGUGUCGACAACAGUGGGCGCUGCACUCGAAGUCUGAAUCCCGGAGAUCUGGAACCCGCUGCUGGUGUCUGUCUGCGUGGCGAUGGUGAUGGCGGAAGAGCUGGUCGUAGCGGGGGGCGCCGCAGCGGAGGAGGUUGAAGAGGUCGCAGUUCCGUCGAUGAGGUUCUUCGGGCAGGUGCUCGCACCCGAAGAGAAGGUGCCAUUGGCAUCAAAGUACUCGCAUUCGCCGGCAGAGCUGUAUUCGCAGACGACGUCCUCGCCCGACUGACUGUUUGAGGUGAGGGUGCCGCCUUCAUUGUCAGACGGCGGACAGACAAGGGCACGUCUACUGAGAGAGGGGGCCGCAAUGGCGGCACUGGCAGCAGCGAGAACGAUGAAGGUGGAGGCACGCAUUAUGGAAUGUAGACUUUGGAAUGGGACGGUUAGGGCGUGAAGCAACGGAGAGAACGACCAGCGAGGCGAAAAUAUCUUUUAUACGCAGAUAAUGGCAGUGAACAAAACACCGGCUCAGCCGAG